GUCAGCACUACGUUUUGUGCUUUCCUUUUGUCUUGGAGGCUGGGGCUGAGAAGGCCAGGAGCCGCCUGUCCAGCUGGAGGUGCAGCUCCUCCGGGGCUGGGGCUGGCCAGGAGAGCAGGGGCCCUGGGUACGAUUCAGGGAGCUGGUUAUGCCUGAAUGGGAAGGGCACAUACCUUGUGCCUGCACCCGGAUUUCUCCGUCCAUGGGUAUCGGACGGGGUAACCCAAGCUUGCAUCGUGUCUCCGUUCAGGCUAGCGAUCGCACUGGGCAGGCAGCAGUUUGGCUGAAAUCAGUGGCAGUCUCCCAGCUGAGCAGUAGCCGUGGCCCUUGGGUCUCUGUGAAAGACUGUUUGUGUGAAUGAGGAAUGUAUGCAUCAGGAAAAGAUAAGGUGUGAAGGUCAUUGUUAUAGCUCAAGGAAGAAGGAGUGAAGAAACUUAAUGACAUCAGAGAACUAUCAACGGGCAUCCAUAAGGAAGGAAGGGCAGACUGACAACCCUGAGGUGGAGGUUGGCACCCCAAAGACAAGACAAUUGAUUAAAUCGAAACCAGGACAGGAUGACCUUCUCAGAGGUGUUUUGGAAUGUUAACAUCAAAAGAUACACCAAUUAAGGACUAACCAGUCACAAACCGACACAGCAAAAUCCAUAGACCUCAACAGAGAAAAAAAAAGAUUGUAAGAACAGGGUGCUUGGCCAUGGGACUUUGUGUUCAUCUUGCCACACUCCAGGAGCUUCGGAUCGCAAACGACAGAGCCCUGCUCCCCUGUGCAACCAAUCUGACUGGCUGCUAGAUUGAUCCAGACUCUGGACUGGCACCAGCCCCACAGCGAAGAUGGCUCAGACGAACCCUCUGCCUGGCCCCACGGGCCCGUGGAAGCUCACAGCCUACGACCAAGAAAACUUCCAGGGAAAGAAGAUGGAGUUCACCUCGGCCUGCCCCACUGUCACUGAGUGCGGCUUCGAGAACCUCCGCUCCCUAAAGGUGGAAUGUGGCGCCUGGAUCGGUUAUGAGCACACCAGCUUCUGUGGGCAGCAGUUUAUCUUGGAAAGGGGAGAAUACCCGCGGUGGGAUGCCUGGAGUGGGAGCAACGCCUAUCACACCGAGCGCCUGAUGUCCUUCCGCCCCAUCUGCUGUGCUAAUCACAAGGAGUCCAAGAUGACCGUCUUUGAGAAGGAGAACUUCAUGGGACGCCAGUGGGAAGUAUCGGAUGACUACCCCUCCCUGCAGGCCAUGGGCUGGGGAAACAACGAAGUGGGCUCCAUGAAAGUACAGUGUGGCACCUGGGUUUGCUACCAGUAUCCUGGUUACCGUGGCUACCAGUACAUUUUGGAGAGCGACCAUCAUGGUGGAGAUUACAAGCACUGGAGAGAGUGGGGCUCACAUGCCCAGACCUUCCAGGUCCAGUCUAUUCGGCGUGUUCAGCAGUAGAUAUUUGUGUUCGCAGGCUCUCCUCUUUAAAGAGCGUCUUUGCCGGAUUUCUAAAGCACACUGAUCCCUAUGGUGCUAGCACUUCCCCUUACAAAACAGACAGAUUCCUUCCUUGUACUGUGACUGCUGUUGAGACAUCGUUUCUUCAUGGUACUAAUUGCUGCAAUUACCAAUAAAUGUCACUGAAAGAAAAUGCUACCAGGGUGUUUGGAUUCU